AUGACAAGCAACAUAACUUUCUCGGAGAUAGAAAACGAGAAUAACGUUAACAAAGGAAGCAUAGCCUCACUAGGACUAAAUAAAAAAACAAAGAAUCUAUAUUACUGUUCAUUAUUUAUGUUGGUAAUACUUUGUUUAUUAUUGAUUGCUGGCAUAAGUAUGAUUAUAUACGGUGGAUUCUUAAUAUGGAGUAAACGUACUGUUGACAGUUACAUUGGUCAAUAUAUUAAUGCUACAUUAAUUCGUUUGCAUGGGAAAAAUAUAACACUACUUAGACCAAUUGUUUUGAAUGCAGCAUUAGACUAUACAGGCAUUAUAGGUACAGGAUUAUUUCUAUGGGGAAUGUUUUUAAUACUGAUAAUCAGCUGCGGUAUAUGGGGUAUAUUGAUGAAAAAAUAUAUGGCAAUGUACUUGUUCACAGCUGUUGUGUUUGCAAAAUGUCUAAUUAUGUUCAUUAUGACUCUUUGUUUCGCUAUCAAUCCAGUUACUAUGAUGUACAGUUUUAAGACUUUAACCACGGAGUAUGUUGAGAACUAUGUAUCGUCAACAUCAAUCGAUCAUUAUAGUCUUUUGCUGAAUGUUUUAAUGUCACAGGCUGGUUGUUGUGGUGUGGAAAAUGGAGAAGACUUUGCUGAAGCUAGGUAUAUGCAGGAACGUUAUAAAUUUGCAAAUCGUAUUAAAUAUUAUGUACUGAAAUAUCCGUAUACAUGUUGUAAGUAUUCAAAAAGUUUUGAAGCCUUCGAUCCAUCUUGUCCUGAAUCAUUCAAUGAAUUGAAUAGUAAUGUACGAAUUGGUUGUUGGCCUAUUAUAGAAAAGUAUUUAACUAAACUAUAUGGUAAAAUAACUAUCGGUGUAUGUUUCGUACUAAUCGUAUUGCUUAUCACGGCGUGCUGUUCAAUAUAUCUGGGUUCUUCGUUUGAAAAAGGUGAUUAUAUUUCUAUGAAAAGAAUGCAUAAGUAG